AAUCAGUAUUAUUACAAUAUAUUUCUAGUGCAACUGGCCUCUCUUCGUGUGUGUCUUCUCCGGACUUCCUAUCAAGCGUCGACAUCAUUGUCAGUUCCAUUGUUGCAACUACCUGCCGUGCAAGAUACAUCGGUUUCUGCAUACGCAAAGGACUUACGCCACCUGAAUUACGAAGAGGACUGGAAUAUCAUUCUUAACUAUUUGUACGAGUCAGCCAACGGCAAUCCUCCAAUUCCGCAGAGUCCCGAUGCCAACUACUCUGCAGAUAUCAAAGCUGCAAACGACCAGAAUGGUGGCACAGCUAUCGCCUAUGAAUGUACACAGACGUCCGACAACAAGACCGUUUUGCUGCUUUCGACGUCCAGUAGCAUUGCUUGCGAUGACAAAGUCCCCAGCACAAGCUGUGCAGACCAGGCAGGUGUGUCCGCGGGAAACAGCGCAAGGGAUGCUGCUGGCUCUGCAAAAAAGAACAAGCAAAAAGGCAUCGGCGCUCCCGAAACUGAUGCCAGCCGUGACAAGAAUAUAUCGUGGGAACACCGCCACAAGUGCGAAACGUGUGGCAGAGCAUUUCCAAAGGCGUAUCGUCUCGCGGAUCACCGUCGCAUACAUACAGGCGAGAAGCCCUUCCAAUGCGGCACAUGUGGUCGAUGGUUCAGGAUGAAGGAUAGUCUCGUGUCACAUCAGCGCGUUCACACGACCGAGAAGCCCUUCAAGUGUCCUUCAUGCACAAAGUUUUUCAAAAGCCCCUCAACCCUUCGUGCACAUAAACGCACGCAUACGGGCGAGAGGCCGUACGCAUGCGAGAUGUGUGAUUAUUCGUCGGCAAAGUCGUCAAAUCUAAAGAGGCAUCAACGCAGGCACAAAAACGAGACACCAUGAGUCUGCCAACAAAAAGGAUCAAGAUUUCUCAUACUAGUGCUCUGUCAAUGAAUUCUGGUGCUCUUAGGAUUUUAGCUGGCCUCAUACGUCAUGACAAGCCCACGUGUGCGGGUACCCCCGUUUUAACAAGCCUCCGUACUCAUUCAUCUAGCGAAUUGUGCAGUGAGUCACUGGCGACCAAAAAAAAAAUUUAAUGCGGAACCACCGAUGAAGAUGCGCGUUCGAUUUGGAAGAGUUAUUUGUGUAAUCGACUACGAAGUAAAAUUUGGCUUUCACCUUCAGUAAUCUUAGGUGAACUAGUGGAGGACGGUGCAAGUUGUUUACUUGGAACAAGAAUGUGAGAUUGCCUCAGUGGCUGCAUUUUUUUAUGUGGAAAACGGACGAUUGCGAAGCGUGUCCAAUAAAGUGCCGACUCCUGAAGUGUGACACAAGAGCGACAACAAAGUGUGACACAAGACCACAUGAUUGCUAAGGCUGCCGUGAACAAUGCGUCAUAUUUAUUGUCUUGCUUCUUUUAGAUAUGGUUUGUUAGUCUGCGUGCUGUGUAGUGCAACGCACAAUGUUUUCUGUGCUUGAAAGUAUCUACCCAAGAGAGAGAUAAAUUUUUAUUGAAAUGCAGAGAAUUUAGCCGGCAUGUAAAAUUCGCUGGCUACUCUGCGUGCGGAAGGGGAUUGAGGAUUGAAAGUACAAAUAAGAAGAUAGAGAAAAAAAAGACAAAUUGUGAAUAUAGAUGAUAGAAUAAAAAGCGAUAAAGGAAAAGGCCACCUCUUUGACCAUUGAA